GAAAAUUGAAAAUGACCUUUCAGCUAUGCUAGGUCUAUAAUGGGAAGUGUCACAGUUCGAUAUUUCUGUUAUGGAUGCCUUUUCACAUCUGUGACCUGGACAGCUCUGCUUUUUAUUUAUUUCAACUUCAGUGAGGUGACUCAGCCACUUAAGAAUGUGCCCAUCAAGGGGUCUGGGCCCCAUGGGCCAUUUCCCAAAAAAUUCUACCCUCGUUUCACACGAGGUCCAAGUCUAGCAUUAGAGCCUCAGUUCAGAGCAAACAAGAUGGAAGACGUGAUAAAUAAUCAUAUUGAAGAUCCAGAGAAAGGAAACAUGAAAUUUUCCCCUGAAUUGGGUAUGAUUUUUAAUGAACGUGAUCAGGAAUUGAGAGACUUAGGCUAUCAGAAACAUGCCUUUAAUAUGCUUAUUAGUAACCGCCUGGGCUACCAUAGAGAUGUGCCAGAUACAAGGAAUGCAGCAUGUAAAGAAAAAUCUUAUCCAACUGAUCUUCCAGUUGCUAGUAUUGUUAUCUGUUUCUACAAUGAAGCGUUUUCUGCCCUGCUCCGAACAGUGCACAGUGUCAUAGAUCGGACUCCAGCACGCCUUCUUCAUGAAAUCAUUCUGGUGGAUGAUGAUAGUGAUUUUGAUGAUUUGAAAGGAGAGCUAGAUGAAUAUGUCCAAAAAUACCUCCAUGGAAAAACUAAAGUAGUAAGGAAUAAGAAGCGUGAGGGAUUGAUUCGAGGAAGAAUGAUUGGAGCAGCCCACGCAACAGGAGAAGUUCUGGUGUUCCUUGAUAGCCACUGUGAGGUGAAUGAGAUGUGGCUGCAGCCCUUGCUGGCUGCUGUGCAUGAGGACCCUCACACCGUGGUGUGCCCAGUGAUAGAUAUCAUCAGUGCAGACACACUUGUAUAUAGCUCAUCUCCUGUUGUGCGAGGAGGGUUCAACUGGGGGCUGCACUUUAAAUGGGAUCUUGUUCCCCUUGCUGAGCUAGGAGGACCAGAAGGAGCUACUGCACCAAUAAAGUCACCGACAAUGGCUGGAGGAUUGUUUGCCAUGAAUAGACACUAUUUCAAUGAAUUAGGACAGUAUGACAGUGGCAUGGAUAUCUGGGGAGGAGAAAAUUUGGAAAUAUCAUUUAGGAUCUGGAUGUGUGGAGGUAAGCUCUUCAUCAUUCCUUGCUCUAGAGUAGGACACAUUUUCCGGAAAAGGCGCCCAUAUGGGUCUCCUGAAGGGCAGGACACCAUGACCCACAAUUCCCUGCGACUGGCCCACGUCUGGCUGGAUGAAUACAAGGAGCAGUAUUUUUCCUUAAGACCUGAUCUGAAGACUAGAAGCUAUGGGAAUAUUAGUGAACGUGUUGAAUUGAGGAGGAAGUUGGGUUGUAAAUCAUUUAAAUGGUAUUUGGAUAAUAUUUACCCAGAGAUGCAGAUAUCUGGGCCCAAUGCCAAACCACAGCAACCCAUUUUUAUUAAUAGAGGGCCCAAACGCCCCAAAGUCCUUCAACGUGGGAGGCUCUAUCAUCCCCAGACCAACAAAUGUCUGGUGGCCCAGGGCCGCCCAAGUCAGAAAGGAGGCCUGGUGGUGCUGAAAGUAUGUGACUACAGUGACCCGAAUCAGGUUUGGGUUUAUAAUGAAGAGCAUGAAUUGGUUUUAAAUAAUCUCCUUUGCCUGGAUAUGUCAGAAACUCGUUCAUCAGACCCACCACGACUCAUGAAAUGUCAUGGAUCAGGAGGAUCCCAGCAAUGGACCUUUGGGAAGAAUAGUCGGCUGUACCAGGUGUCAGUUGGACAGUGCCUGAAAGUGAUUGAUCCAUUGAGCCAGAAAGGCUAUGUUGCUAUGGCAAUCUGUGAUGGCUCCUCCUUACAACAGUGGCAUUUGGAAGGUUAAGAUGGAGGCUG